GGAAGUAAACUAUAUUUAGAAGGGAUAGAGAGGAGCCGAGGUAUGUGUACUCUGCUGUGUUUAUUUUUAUUUCUACAAUGAUAUUCUGCUUCAAAUAACACCAAAACUACACUGCAGUUAAAAUAAUAAUUAUUACUUCCAGAAAUAGAACACAGCUAACCAAGGCUCAAUCCAUAAACGCAUGUUGUAAUGCAUUUGCUACAAGCUGAGUUUACGAGGUCCACUCCAUGAUUGUUCUUCGGCCUCUGGGUUGCAAAAAUACAAUAUAACACGCCGUGCUACUGAUUUUCACAUAAAUGACCUACUUAGUUGACUCAUCUUCUAUGGUUUGUUAUUGGCUUAGGUCGUUGUAAAGAAAGUAAAACUUUGUUUAAAGCCUGAGUUUGCUGACUCAGGUCCCUCACACAAUAGGCUCAGUAGAGUAAUACUAACAAUAAUUGCCAAAGUACUUUUAACACAUUUAAAAAAUUGUUAGUCCAGUGUAUAUAAUUGACUUUCCUAUAUCAGAUUGCCUUAGUCUUACACCUACUAACAAGUUAACUUAAGACUUAAGAUAGGUCUACAGCCAUAAUAUAUAAUUCAUAAAUCAUUAGCCUGAAGGCCUACAGCCAUAAUAUAUGAUUCAUAAAUCAUUAGCCUAAAUUAAACUAAAACAUUCAUUUUCAUAGUAAUCAUAGACAUGAAAUAUGAAAGACAUACCUAAAAGCUAAAGAAGAAGUUGAUCAAAUUGCAUAAUUUCAGUAAAUUAGACCUGCCCUAUGUCUACAUAGUUUCUUCACACUUAAGUCUUACUUUAUCUAAUAAUAAUAAAUGGUCUUUUAUAGCGUGGUACGCCUGCCUAGGGCUGAGCUCACCGCACUGUACAUAAAAAUAUUAUUAAAAGAGACAUAAUCAUGAGAUAAUAUGUUCAGUGUAAUAAAAAAAACCAUUUCCAUUUAUUUGGAUCAAGCAAAUAAUCUUACAGUAAGUUACAAUAUCUUUUUAUGAGCAAAUUGUGUAGCCAGAGGCUAUUUAUAACUACUGUUUAAAUGUUUUUAGCUUUUUAAUUCUAAAAUAGUUAAUAGGCCUACAAUGCCUACACUACUAUCACAUAGAUGUCAUGAUGAUGUUUCAAAUAAAUGUGUGACAAUUUUUUAAAAUUCUUAAAGUCAUUUCAAUCAUAAUAAUGCCUAGGCAUAUACUAUACUAUUAUACAUAUUAAAGUGGAAUUCUUAUUAAUAUUUCAUGUUAUAAGGUAUUUUACUAAAUACACUGGAAAGAGAAAAGAUUUAAGAUCACAAUCCCCUGCGCUUUUAAAAAGUAUUAUUAUUUUUUUUAUUGGCCUAUUUACCAGUAGUAGAGAAUAUGGAAUAUGGCACAAUUAAUGUCAUUCAUUUUUUUGUCAUGCAGGGCAAUGCAGGCCUAUUUGUUACAUUAUGUAGCAUGUAUUUAACAGGUCUUAGCUUAGGUCUGGUCUUUUUACAAGAUGAAAUGAAUUCACAUGUUAUUAAGUUUGUCAAUUAAUAAAGUCUUUUGACAACUAAUAGGGAACAACUGGUGCCCCCUUCCCUCUGUUAAUGCAGUUCAUAGUUUAUAUGCAACAUCAUCUCAAAGGAUUCAUUUUUUUUUUUGUAAUGCAAAAACACUGAAUUGCAUAUCAAUAAGGUCUGACUGUGAUUUUUCUGGUAAGGCACUCUCUUGAAAUUGCUAGUGAAAGAAUGGAAGUCAGUGAAAUUGUAAGAAACUCAGUUGUCAAUCUUUUACCACAGCCUAAUAUGUUUGCAGGUUUUUUUUUGGUCUCUUUAUUGUUAGGGAAGUGAGCAUAGUUUCCUGGUCCUUAGUAUUGAGGAAUGGUGUUAUAUUAAAAACCCAUUGAUUUACAUAAUUUGUGUGUAUGUAUGUAACGUUAAUUAUAAAACGGAGCUGAAGCAUACAUAUAAUUAUCUUUCUAUUUGUAAAACAAUUACACAGAUAGAGUUUUAUGCUAUUGAUCCAUUGCAGUAAUACAUUUUAUUAAUGGCGUGGUAUCUUGCAAUAUUAAUUCAAGAAAUGGUGUUUUGUUCUAUUGAUAAGGUCUUUUUUUUUUUUUUUUUUUAACCUCUAUUCUCUGUAUGUGAAAUGAUUAUGGAUUUUAUUGAUUUCAUUUUCAAGAGCAUAAAGUUAGUUUACUGACUAAGAAUGCUCUUCCUAUGUAAUAUGCCUGCAUAGGUUGGAUUGUUUUAAACGCUUUUAACACUUUAAUAUAAUUGUUAAACAAAAAUAGCAAUGGACAUCAUCAAUGAUCUUUUCAGUUGUUUUUGAACCAAAUAUAUUUAUCUAAUUACUAUUCUUCUCACACUACUAAAGGGGUUUACUUUCUUUUUUAAACUUAAAUCAUGUCAAUUUGGUAUAAGCAAAAAUAAAUAGUUACAUUGCUCUAUACUGUAUUUAACAUUGUGAUAAUUUAAAUGGAUGGAAUUAGAAAUAAUAAUUAAGUAUGAGAGUACUAUGCUUUUGCAGACCUGUUAACUCUUACGAUUUUGGCGUACAAUGUACGAUUUUGAGUUGUAUAGAUUGUAUAUACUGUAUGUUUUUUUUUUACUAUAAAUAUAACGUAUUGAACGAAUUUGUCAUGAUAUUGUACAAUUUUAAGAGUUUGAGGGUAAACUGGUCUGCUCUUGUUAAUUACAGAAUGUAUCUGCUAUUGGUUGAUGUAGUUAAAACUUUUUUAUUUUCUUUCACUGAAUAGUUUGUUCAGGAAAUGACAGACUCGCAAAAAUUCAGAUGUAACAUGAAUUUGGUUGUACAAACCUUAUCUCAACUUCGCAAUGGAUGAUGAUGUAUUACAGGAGCAGACAUGAGGUAAAUAUUUUAGACAUUAGUUCUGGAAUUAUCCUGAGGUCAUCUAGGCUCAUGUAUGUAUUGAACUUGCCCAGUAAAAAUUUUCAGGUCAUUUUAACUUAGAUAAUAUGAAACUUUUCUCAAGUAAACAUCUCUUCAAGCAACAAGAGAAGUUUUUCAACACAUUUAAACUUGUAAUUUUCCAAAUAUUUUAGAAGCAUUGACCAUGUUAUGACUGACAGGCCCUAAGCAUUCUCCAAAGUUUACUGACCUCAUUGGUUCAUAAUUAAAUCGCUCAUGCUAAAACAUGGAGGACAUUCAAUUCCUCCCAGAUAAAUUAGGUUUGGCUUUUACAACUGGAUUAAAAAGUUGUUUAAAAUGUCAGGGCUGUGUGAUGUAUGAAUUUAGACGUAAAAUGCUAGAGGAUCAUUUGUGUGCUACUAAAAGCCAGAAGAUGGACAUUUUUGUGUGUACUGCUGUAAGAAAUGUAUGUAUAUGGUGCCUUAAGGGAUGUAGUUAUGUGAUACUCUUCUUCUCUGCCUUUUCAACUCCCAGUUAGCUUAUGCCAUUGAAGUCUUUCCACACUUUCCAGUCUCUUGCAACUUUAUCAACUAUUCCAACCCUUUCUUUUUGUGUCAUCUUGUGCUGCUGUAAGUUUUGUGCUCCUGUAGAGUGUAUUUAUGUGCUGUUGUAAGGUACCAUUUGUAUGAAGUCAUUUCAGUAUGCUAACAAGUAUUGGACACUCUUUAAUGCUAUGAUUUCUUAAAGUUCAUUUCUAAGAAUCAACUGCUUUUGGAAAUUACAUAUGAAUAUAAUAUUCUCAUAAUUUUUAUUGUUCAUUUCUUUCCAGAUUUUCUCAUUCUGGUAUGCAGCAGACGUUGAUGGUUUAAGUUUUCUAGAAUCAAGUAAAAGAAUCCAGUGAAGUCUGCCAUGCGUACUAAGGCUGAAAAGAAGUAUAAAAAGGCUCCUGAGGAGAAGCUGAAGCUUAGCCUGCCAUCUCCAAAGGUCGUGCUCAAUGCCAACGAGUGUGCCAGACUGCUUGAUGGAAUUGGAAAAACCUCUGUCUUAUUGGUGGAAAAGGGUGGUAAAAUGGUGGCUGCCACCACAGUGGUGUCAUUACCACCCUCAGAAUCUUCAUCAUCUGACACAGGGGCAGCUGCAAACACCAAAGUUUCCAAUAGUCUUGGCCCCCAUAUGACAUCAGACAGCAAAAGCACAUCGGUUGCCAUUGGAAAAUCAAACAGUCCCGAGGUCAAGACUGUAGUUUCAAUCAACAAUAAAAAAGCUGAAGACGUGCCCACAGCUGCUAAAGUCAUUCUGAAACCCCCCAAGAAAAGAAGGGGAAAUGACAAAAAAUUUGAAGAAAUCCUCCACACUUCACCAGUAGUCAAUAAUGGAGACAUACAGCAUCCCAUCUCUCCCUUGAGGGAGUUGGUUGAUGGUUGUUCCAAUCAAAGUAAAACUGACUCAGUCUUGAAGUCUGGCCUACCUCUUAAAGCUGAAGCCACACAGAAACAUAGUGUGGAGAGCUUACUCCAACCAUCUUCACUGGUCAGUAACAACAAUCUGUUACUAGGGGGCUACUCACACCAUACAUUUGACCCAAGGAGACACCAUUUACCCCAGACCUCUUCCUUCACAUCUUCAGGCUCCAUAUCACAGUCCAACAAUUCAGAUAAUUACCCAACCAGUGCUCCAUACCACAAUGCAUUAUCUCAGCCGUCAUCCCAGUUGUAUAAUCACUCAUCUUUCACCACAGACAGCACCAGCCAGAGCAUGGGCUCGCUGGCCUACAGUGUUACCAACACAAAAACUGUUCCGUACAAUGCCAACGUGAAUCAAACGUCUACUUAUCUCAACAAGCGGGUAACAAACGAUCAUGCGCCUGUCCUGUCCUUACCGCUUCUGGUGCCGUCCGGCAAUAAUGGGGUAGCACAUUCUCCGAGCUUCCAGCAGCUUCCAGAGCAAGAGGAACCCAUGAACCUUUCCAAAUCCUGCAAACCUGCCCUCAGUCUGGUGACCGUUCAGUCUCAUGUUAGUGUCAAUGAAAGUAGGACAGCUGAGGAUGUGUCCAGGGGCUUUGUUCUGCAACAUUCUCCAGCUCAUGGUCAGACCCAGUCUGUGGAGUCUCGGGAAAGCCCACCCGACAUGCUCCCAGAAUCUUUGCCAGUCAAGAAAGCAGAAUUGAAAAAGUCAAAAAAGAAAAGAGUGCCGAAAGAAGUUAUUCUCUCCCACAACAACUCCCCAAAGGUCCAAACACCCAACCACGUCGUUGAUGAGUUAAUAGACUCAUGUAAUGGACAGAAUAAAAGUGUACCAGAGACAGGCGCAAAAUCAGUGAGUUCAGUUUAUCAUAUGGCUUCCCCAUCUCACUUGGCCACUUCAUCUUCUCAAGUGCCAAACACACAUGCCGAAGACACAGGGCUUUCUGACACAAGACAGCAGGCGGCAGAAAUAAGCCAACAACCACCCAAUGCGAGUCUUGUAGAAUCCAACCAAAAGCAACCAAGUACAUAUCUUGAAGACAGUCCUAAGUCUUCUCUGUCCCUCUCGGAACCCUUGAAGCUAGCUGCUCACUCAGAACCCUUGUCGUUAGCUGUUCGUUCAGAACCCUUGUCUUUAGCUGUUCACUCAGAACCCUUGUCUUUAGCUGUUCACUCUGAACUCUUACCCAUGUCAUGUGAACCCCCAUCAUUAUUAAACACUCAGUGUAACAUUGCAAAGCACCAUCACCUCAUAGACCAUCCUUCACCCAACGAAUCAAUACAGAAAUCUAAAAGGUCACCUAAGAAAAAGGUUGAAAUUCCGAUGGAUGAAGUCUCUUGUGCCAAUAGGAUAUCUUGUUACUUAGAAACUAUUGAUGAUGUUAUUGCUAACUUUGUAUAUAUUCCUGGAGCCUUAGAAGAGUUGAAGUUGAGAGAAGAUGAGGCAGCGAUAUUGGAAGAGAUCCAUGACAACAGUGUCAAAGAGAAGAGAUUAGUGAGCUCUGGUAGUGCUGACAAGGUUCAUGUUGAAACAGGGAGUGUGAUGACAUCACCUAGUAACCAGGCUCAUGGUGAGACGGGGAGUGUGAUGACAUCACCUAGUAACCAGGCUCAUGGUGAGACAGGGAGUGUGAUGACAUCACCUAGUAAUCAGGCUCAUAGUGAGAUGGGGAGUGUGAUGACAUCACCUAGUAACCAGGCUCAUGGUGAGACAGGGAGUGUGAUGACAUCACCUAGUAACCAGGUUCAUGGUGAGACUCAAACGGAUCUCUUUGAUGAGCCACCACCAAAACGAAAUUUUAAGUCAUUGAAGCCACCUAAAAAACGACCAAACGUACUCGUGGCAAAGAACCAUUUUAUAAAGCGUCUGGCAGGACAGGAAGCACAAAACACCAUAAACCACAUAGACAGUGUUUUGGCCUUUGUGGCAGCUGACAUUUUAAAUUCAACACCUCCUAAGGAAAGCGGUCUAGGAGAUAUGGAGAGGCAGAAAAAUAGCUCAGAUGUUCAUCAGUUGUUGCCCGGGUCAGAAAGCAAAAUUGUUUCAGAUACAGUGAUUAUUGCAGACAUUACUAGGCAAAUACAUCCUGAAAAUGCUCCAUCUAGCUGUGUUGUUGCUUUGGAUUCAAAGGAAUCAGCACCAGAAGAUACCGAAUUGAUAGCAAGUAAAUCAGACCUUACACAUCUCAGCAUAAAAAACAAUGUGGGGAAAGAAGAGGAGAAAAAUACAACAAGCAAACCUAAGAAAAGUAGAAAAAAUAAAAAAUCUGACAUGGAGAAGUUACCUGCCUUGAAUAAACAGGCUCCUCCUGACACAGAUCUGGACCUGCAUCAGAAGGAUGGCAAUUUCACUCCCAAGAAAAAGAAAAAAGCAGCAGACAACAGACCAAAAGUUGUCAAGAAAAAGAAAGGAGACAGUGUUCCCCUUGUGUCAAACAGUGAAGCUAUAAGUGUACCUGAGAAAGACAUUCUCAGCACCACCAGGGCAGAGACGUCUGACAUUGGGGAAAGUAUUGCCUCAACAUCUGGGGGCUCAGAGCAGGACACACCUGUCCACGAGCCCGAAUCUAAGGAUGAACUGGUUUCUUCUGAUUCUAAGUCGGCAGAUAAAGAAAACCAAGACACUGGACUGGAGAGUGGGGGAGAUGAUAACAAGCCAGUGAGGAGGUACAAGAAGAGGUUGGACUUUGUCAAAUGUGCCCAGUGUGAUCAUCAGGCCAGAGGAAGAUCUGCUUUGAGUCGCCACAUGAAGAAGGUGCACAUGAUGGAUGUCAACAUGCCCUACAAAUGUCAUCAGUGUGAUUACGGGUGCACAAAGAUGGCAUCUCUCAACAGGCACCUUUUCACACACGGUGUGUACCCAUGCUCAAGGUGUAACUUUGUGGCUGAUGAAAGAAGUAAACUAGGCCAACAUGUGAUGGAGCUUCACAAGGAUAAGCUUGACAUGAAGCUGUGCAAGGUGUGCAACAGAUACAUCAAGUGUGACCAGCUGACAAUCGAGGAACAUGCCGAUGCAUGUCAGGGGCCGACACCCUUCAAGUGUUCAGAGUGCGAAAAAGAGUUCAAAUAUGCCUCUUCCCUUCGGGUGAGUUUAUCUUUUAUGUUUCUCAUUUAGUAAUUAGGGAUGUCGGUUACCAAACCUUUCCCCAAAAGGAAUUAAAUUUGUAAGUACAUUUCUCAGUCAUUACAUUUGUUGGUACAACCUUUCUUAGUAUACUAAAAUAAGAAGUAAACAUCUAAUGAAACAGAAAAUAAAUUUGCGUAUAGAAAGAAGGUAUGUAAUAGCAACAAGUCUGAAGAAUUAACUAAGGAAUUAAAAUAAAGCUUAGCAUUGUGGGAUAGAAAAUGUAAAAUAGAAAUUUCCAUUUGCUGAUAUGUCAAAUAGAUUUAUUCCUAGGAAUAAAGGUGGUCUGACUGUAGCAAUGAGCAGGAUAGAAGAGUACAGUUGUAUAAUUCUCCAUAAAUGAUUCCAAUGUUUAUACUAUAACAGGUCUGAUCCAUUCCUUGCAGGUCCAUUAUCAUACCCACUUCCCUGACCAGCCCAAGAGAUUUAAGUGUGAACAGUGUGACUACAGGACCAACUACAAGGCUAACCUACAUAAACAUCACAAAAACAUGCAUGCAUCCAGAGACAGGGAUGUACAGUGUCCUGAAUGUGGGAAACUCUUCUCUACUGAAGAUAACAUGAGGCGACACAGGAAGGUAAACUUGAUGACAACUUAAUCAACAGAACAUUCUCCAACAUGUAUAUUGUCCCACCUGAUUUACACCGAAUGCGCUCCAACGUGUAUAUUGUACCCACAUGAUUUACACAGGAGGUUUUUCAACAUGUAUAUUGUCCAGACCUGCCAACCCUUCAGAUAUUUUUGGAAUUAUAAAGAUUUUUUACCCCUAAUUCCGACCUUCCGACAAGUCCCUUUAAAUUUCGAUUUUCCGAACAUUAUAAUCUUUCACCCAUCAUAAAAAUCCAAAAGCAAAAAAAAAAAAAAAAAAUCAUGUACAACAGUAAGUGGUGCAUUUCAAUGAUGCCACUUCCUUUGUUUUACGAAGAUUUUGGAAUUAUAAAGAUUUUUUACCCCUAAUUCCGACCUUCGGACAAGUCCCUUUAAAUUUCGAUUUUCCGAACAUUAUAAUCUUUCACCCAUCAUAAAAAACCAAAAGCAAAAAAAAAAAAAAAAAUCAUGUACAACAGUAAGUGGUGCAUUUCAAUGAUGCCACUUCCUUUGUUUUACGAAGUGUGUACAUGUCUGGCAACCGGACGAAUAAGUUGUGGGGAUAUUCGCCUGGCUAUUACUAUUAUGUAUUAGACCAAGUCACAUACCGCCGUAACAAAGUUGCGCGAGAUAUUAUGCGCAAGGUAUGUGUCCGCAAACCUUGUCGCUAGACCGCUAAUAAUCGAUCAGAGUUUACAAUACUUCAUUUCAACAAAUUCAAGAUAGUCUGGACAUUUACAUGAAAAAGAAAUAUGUUCAAUUCUACAAAAGAACAACUAGAACCAUUGCUUGGACACAGAAUGAACAAAUUUUUAGAAAGUGACAACGUUAAAUAAAGCGUGACAUGCCUGCCAGAUGAAUAUCUCCCACACUAUUCAUCUGGACGUGUAGACACUGCUUUGUUUUUAUUGAAGUGAACCAUAAUCUCCAAAUCAUUCUUCAAUCAUAAAUUGAUCCGAUCGUGAUUCAUCCUUUUACUAGGCUAAAAAAAAUUAAGUUGUGUUGUUUUUUUUUGAAUUUUUUUGUUAAAGCUUUUCUUAUUAAAUGGAUAAAUCUAUUGAAAAUGGUGGUUACAAUGAUAUUAAGAAACAUUUUAACACAAAAAAAAACAACAUGCAACUGCAGCUAAAAGAAGUAAAUCUACAACAUCCAUGUCUAAUUUCUUUGUUAAGGAAUCAGACGAUUCUGUUAUCAGAUCGGAAGUUUUAUUUUCCAUCUUUCUUAUUGAAGUAAAUAUUUCUCUAGCCAACUCCGAUCAUUUUAAUGCCAGAGUCAAAGAAAUGUUUCCAGAUUCACAGACUGCUUGAAGAUUGUGAAGAAAAAUUACAAUGAAACAAAGGCAAGCAUGAAAGUUGAUACUCUUUCUAACUUGCUUGUAACUAAAAUCAAUUGCAAUGCUUAUCUUCUGUUGUCCAAAGUCCAAAGAGCUGUUGUACAAGUGCAAAAAGGCCACUAGGGAUAUGCUGGAAAACUGAGCUCUUAUCAGCCUGUGUGCAUCAUAUAAUAUAUAAAAGUGAAAAUUUGUGCCUGUGUUUGUUCCACAUAAGUUUUUACAUGGAUUGAUGGAUCUUGACCAAACUUGAUACAUAUAUCCAUCAUUGCCCAGAAUCAAAUCCUGGGGGAGGGCGGGGGUUAUGAACUUUUUAUAGCAUUCCCUUUUGGGCAGGGGGGCCCUGAAUUCAUUUUUUUUCUUAUAUGAGCUUUAUAAAUAAAUUAACAAAAAAUACUCCUACAUGAAUUGAUGGAUCUUGACCAAACUUAGUACACAUACACUAUAUUAUCCAUAUUCUAAUACCGAAGGGUACUGAACCCAUAUCCAUCCCUCUGGGGCCGUUUCAUUUUUCCUUAUACAAGCUAUAUGAGGCUUAGACAACACUUUAGGUUCUAUGUCAAUUCAUGGAUCUAUGCCUAGCUUGGUAGUAAUACCCUUCUUUGUCCAUAUUGAAAUAUCGGUGGAUUUAAAACUAAUAAUAUCUAAUCCAUGCAGGGCUGAUAUAGAAUUUUCUAUAAAGUUUGAUAAUUUAAAAAAAGCUAUAACUAUGGCAUUUUUAAACCGAUUUUAAUGGGACAAAUUUUAAAUUUUAACUCUAAAAUUUAUCUGAAUGAUUUUUAUAGGGCCCUCCAUCUCAGACAUGUAACUAAAACGGUACUUUAUUAAAUGGGCCCCCACCAGGGCCCCUGUUUCUAUUUAAAUGUACUAUAGUUAAGUAGCACAAUUAAGUUGUAUAAUAGUUUGCAUUCAAGAAAUAAUUACGUAGAAAAGUAAUUUUUUACACGUUUCAUGGAGGAUAUUAAAUUUAAUCUAGAAUGUUCCAGAAGGUUCUAUGUUGUUCUACGGGGAUAUAUAAUGGGAUCUAAAAGCUUAUUCAAACAAAAUUGCGCUGAGCAUGAUCCCAUUGAGCAGGCCUGCACAACAUACGGCCCGCACCCACAAAGUAACAAAAUAUUCUUCGUUCUUAUUAUUUUCUUAAUAGCUUUCCCCCUGUCCUAUUUUCUUUUGGCCUGCACAAGUUUUUCAUAAAGUAAUACAGCCCGCCUUACAUUUUGAGUUGUUGCGGCCUGCCAUAGAGGAAAAGGAUCCUAAUGGGUAACGAGAUCCAACAGUAAACUGGACCAUUGGUUACACGAUCCCAUUGGUGAACUGAAUCCCAUUGGGAUCACAACAGGAAACGGGACUGCGCUGGGAUUGGGGUCCCAAUGCAAUCCCGGGCCAUGCAGAGUAUAAUGGCUAGUAUUUAAAUAAAACGGAUAUAUCUGUAUACAAACAUUUACAGUAAUCUUUUUCUCAUGUUCUGUGGACCAUUCAAAGACAACGGAGGUAACUUUAUAUUUCUUUAUUUAUUAUAAUAAUAUAAUAUGUAGGCCCCUGGGCAACCCCCCUUCCGCACACACCCUCCUACAGAUUUUUUUUCUUUGGGGGUUGGCAGCAAUGUUUCCUAUAAGGUUUGUUGGUUUGUGUGCAAAAUCAUACAGUUGUGUGCAAAGUUUUACAGCAGCAAUUUUUUUGUGAGCAAAAUUUUACAGCCCACAAACACACACUUACAUGGAAAUUUGCUGCGCGGAUACUCAAAACUGCUGCAUAGCGCCUGAGAUUGCUGCGCGGCCGCGCAGCUUAAAGGGAACGUUGGUUGGCAGGUGUGAUUGUCCCAUCUGAAUUACACAGAUGAUAAAAUGAACUGACGCUGACUAGAGGCUGUCUUCAAUGCAUUUUGAGUCAAAAUUUAAAAAAUCUGUUUAAGCCAACCUGUUUGAAAAGUUAUUUCAACUACCAUUGUGAAUAUGUCCUAAACACUCCCAAUAAAUGAAUACUUAAAAAUGACAUGAUCAGUCAUUUAACUAACAUGCAUAAUUAUAUUUAGUUGUUGGGUUUGCAUCUGGUACAUCACACGUUUGAUGAAUUUUAAAACAAAGAAUGUUAAAUUUGACUGAAAAUGGACACAUUUUGGUGAAUUCUGAAAUAAAAUUUCAGUAUAGCGAAGUUUACCCGUAGAUUUGUGGAAAAAUUUAUUUAAAAAAAAAUUUGCAAUCCUAUGUCCCAUAUUUCUGUUACAGCUUUUAAUAAAUUCUGCUGUGGAGUAAUUUUAUGGUAUGUCACAUUAUGUAUGAAUUAUAGCUCUGAAAAACAAAUUCUGUUUCCAGGUCCACACAUUGGUUCGUCCUUUUGGUUGUGAGAUCUGUAAGAAAACCUUUAAGACUUCCGGGGCACUGAAAGGCCACCACCUGAUCCACACCGCCACAAGACCCUACACAUGCAAUAUCCCAGGCUGCAACAGGAGCUUUCGAACACCCAAGUUCCUGAAAAGCCAUCAAGAGGAGUUUCACAGACUGGUUCCCAAAAAGUUUUUCUGUUCAGUUGAUGGUUGCAACUACUCAUUCUUCAAACGGAGUCACUUAAAACGCCAUGCAAUUACACACACAGGUAAGACUUUAAAGUGAGCCCUUUAUACUGUGUAGGAAGCAUGGAAUUGUGAUGAACUCAUGGGAUCCCCACAUCCAGGUUAGUGGCUUGAGUGUUCAGCUUGAGGAGUCAAUAAACCAAAAUCUCUCCUCCCAACAAAGUGUUGAUGGUGUGAAGGGCUGUGUUUAUGUCAGUAAACCAAAAUCUCUCCUCCCAACAAAGUGUUGAUGGUGUUAAGGGCUGUGUGUUUAUUAACAUUGAAAGGAUAUAAAUUUUAACACAUUUUAUUUUAUUUUUUUACUAUAAUUUAGGAAGUUAUAGAGAAAUUAAUUAUAAUAAAUAGGUCGUAAGUAAACAUGCAUCACCCAAAUGAGAUGAAUUUGUUAUCACUGCACUUCGUGCAGCAUCAGCAUACUCCCAAAUUGCUUAAAUCAAUCAAAGCUACUAAAUUUUAGAAUUUUGACACUACUGUACCUUUCUGUAUUCAUCAAAAGUCUUGCUUGUUUGAACAUACACACACAUUUUUAAAGCCCUGGCCAUAUCAGCUUGAUAAAUGUAAAAUAUGAAGUAAGGAACCUUCUGGUCCCUAACAGUUUAAAUUAAAAGAUAGAACUUUGGUAUUUUCUGUGAAAAUUGUCUUUUCCCUGAAUUCUGUACAGUAAGCUUUCGGCACAAAGGAUAGAAGUGCUGUACUGUUAGGGUCCAUGGGAUACUGUAAAAUGAGAUUUUAUAAUAGUUAAUUGGUGUAUUUCAGAACCAGUAUUACAGGCCAUAGAUUUUUAAUUUACUUGUGAGCCGCAAGCCUUUCAAAGUUAGCCCCAUGAAGUUGUCAAGAAUACUCACAAUUGUCAAUUUUAUUUCUAUUUUAGGUGAGCGCAAUUUUCAUUGCACAUGGCCGGCUUGUAACAAGUCUUUCAGACAUGCCGACAACCUAAAGGUUCACUUCCGCUCUCACACCAACGAAAAACCAGUGCAGUGCCAUCUUUGUGAUUUCAAAUGCAAGCAGAAAAAUUCCCUCUUCUGGCACAAGAAAAAAGUUCAUCAAAUUAUUGAUGCAUCCGUGUGCCCUAAACGUAUGGAGAGUAAGUUGAAAUCAAUGGACCUUGAAAACUGCCACGACCUCAGUGAGUCCCAGUCCACACAGUCAGAAAGUGAACAGGGACCUCCAAUUGUGGAGAUGGCCACUCAAAAUGUGGAGAAAUCUGAUUGCGCUGAAGACUGCCCUAAUGCCUCUGAGGUGUCUUCAACAGUUACUGAAACUCAGGCUGUGACCAAUAUUCGCGAAGACUGUGAGGACAAAUGUCCAGUUGCUGCUGUUUGUGAGCAAAGUAUUUCAACACAGACACCCAUCUCUAGAGAACGUGGUCCUAAAGACCUAUACGAGUUCAAUUCUGAAGAUGAGUUUGAGGAAGAAACACCUGGAAAUUUUAGGCGAGACAAAUUGGCCAUGACAACAUUAACUCCUCUACCUCCUCCGCCUAAAGAGCUGUUGCGUAAAAAUGAAAUUCUCGAAAUGAAGGAAAAAGAAAAGAAAGAAAAGGCUGAGAAACGUGAGCUGGAAAAGAAAGAAAAGGCUGAGAAAAAAGAGCAAGAGAAAAAGGAAAGAGCCGAAAAGAAAGAACAAGAAAAAAAAGAAAAAGCAGAUAA